ACAACUUCUACAUUUGACAGAGGGACUAGGCGUUUUUUUGCGAGAUCAAGAAAAGACAGUACGAUAAAAAUUAAAUUGUUGCACUUCACAAAUUAACGACCAUGAGUUCAUACUUAAUCAAUUCGAAUUACAUCGAGCCAUCUUUCCCGCCCUGCGAGGAAUACGAAGACAACGGUUAUAUCUCCGUCUCUUCAGACUACUACGAGCGACCCAAAGAAUCAGGCUUCUCCCAUCACGAAGGGGCAACAUACCCGCGGCCAAAUUACCCAAACCCGAACUAUGAUUACGGUAAUGUUUCAACCAAUGACCUCGCCGAUUUCAACGAUCGGCUUCACAUACAACCUCGGUCUGUUCCACAAAAUCACGAGCCCCAACUGCGUAUGGAAGACUGCACAACGACGGCCAACAAGGAUUGCAGCCUCGCCACUGAAGCUCACUCUGACACGCAAAAAGGAAAGGAGCCGGUAGUGUACCCUUGGAUGAAAAAAGUCCACGUCAAUUCGAUGACCGCGAACUACGCUGGAGGAGUGCCUAAAAGGUCUCGCACCGCCUACACUCGCCAGCAAGCUCUUGAGCUUGAGAAGGAGUUUCACUUUAACCGAUACCUGACUCGCCGUCGGCGCGUGGAGAUAGCGCAUACAAUGUGUCUAUCAGAAAGACAGGUAAAAAUCUGGUUCCAGAACCGCCGUAUGAAGUGGAAGAAAGACCACAAGCUUCCCAAUACGAAGAUCCGUUCUAGCAGCUCUUCUUCCACUCACCAAGUGAAAACGGACGCGGGCCAACAGCAGCAGACAUUAAUUCCCACUCCGUGUUCAUUAAGUCUAUAGUGAUGGAAGGACAUUAGAACUGAGCGAGAAAAUACAGAGCAGUAUUCGGACUAACUUCACAUUGUUACUUUCUAUUUAAUAUUAAACACAGGGGUGAAUUUACUUGCCUCUUUUAUUUAAAUUGACCCAGCUGUCACAUCUCUUUACUCGGACGGUUUGGAACUGGAGAAUUCACCCCUCUUAACGGGUAGAUAACUUUGCUUCUUUGUUUCAUUUCUUGAAAAAAAAAAAAAAACGAAAGAGUUUAACGUGACAUUCUUUUUUUCCGAUAUUAAACAAUGUUCGCCAUUAUAAAAAUGUAUCUAUCUUCAUGGAGAUAGGCUUGUACAACACUAAUUAAAGCACAAAUGUAAAAAUAGAAUACUUCUAAAAGUAACCCGUAAACGUAGUCUUUGUUAGUUCAAUUUUUUCUGUGUAGUGUGUUUAAUGUCAUUAAGCUGUGAAUAAUCGUGGUCUUUAUUUUUUGUUAGUAUUUGCACACCAAUGCAAUACUGUAGCAUUUAAUGCAACUGUAUCAUUGGAAUUAAUAAAUAAGUUAAGUUUGUUCUUAAUGUCAUUUGUAUGUAGAUUAGACAGAGUCAGUCAUUCAAGGCUGCUAAAAUAACAAUGUUUUAUAUAAAAUCAUAAAACAUUUAUCGUAAUCGUUACUCCAGAAUGCUUUAAAAUUCAGUUUAUUAGAAUGUCAUAUUUACGAGUUCAUUGUCUGUCUAACAUGUAUUCCACCUAUUUUGGGCAACGUUGGUUUAACUAUAGUCAUAAAUCACAGGCAGGUAUACUGACUUUUAACCUACCGUAAUGUAGAAUUAAACUCAAUGUUACUAAAAUUAUUUUAAUAAAAUGUAAAUUCCAACAAAAUUAAUAUUUAGCCCCUAUUCUAAUGUCUAAAAAAUGCUGCCAAUUUAUAAAUAAAGGUAUAAAUAACAGCCAUGCGCCAAUAUAAAACGAUUAUGUAAAUUAGUAAUACAUUUGCUUCGGAUCUUGUUUCUCCGAAAAAAAGUUUGCAUGACUUUAUCCUGGCAACAUUUAAAUAGCUGGUCUUGGGUACGAUUAUAGAAAACAUUGCUGAAAUCAUUAAUUUAGUAAAUUUGUUACUGCAGUAAUGUUUUAAAUUAUUUAAAUAUAAAGAAAUCAUCAUGAUUUUCACAACAGUAGAUAGUAUAUGAGUAAGUUAUAUUAAAAAAAGAAUGCGCGGUCGGUUGUUUGAAAAUAACUUUUAUGUAAUAUUUACAUUAAAAUAUUAAGUAUCUCUGCAAAACGUAUUUUAUUAUUAUACUAAAUUUAGUCUGAACUAUUGCUAGCUGCUGUACAAGAUUGAAUUACGUAGAGUACGCGUGAUCAAUUCACGUAUCGUUUUCGUAAACCAAAUACACAAUGAAAUCUGGGAAGGAUGUUGGCACUGACAAGAAUUAUACCUGUAAUAUUAAAGCAACACAUGUGCGCUAUAGGUAGAACAACGAUGAUGUGACCGUCUCAGAAAGCCAGUCACAUAGGUUUGAGCUAGGUGCAGACAAUGUUUAGAAAACGAAAAAUUGAUAAUGUAACUCUGUCUAUCACCUGGUAUCAAUGUACACACUUAACUUUGUUUUGUCUUUUAAGUAAAAAAGACAAAACAAAGUUAAGUAGUUGCAAAUGCUUCCAGGAAACACCUCGCAGAAGUAGGCUAUCGCAUCUCAUGUUUUCUGACUUGUGUUGUGAAGUGGAUUCCCAAACCUAAUAAAUUGUAUAGUAUAAUAUAAAAAUUAAUAUUUCCCCCUACAAUCAUUUUAUUUAAUGUGAUAUAAUCAAAACUUUACCUAAUUAAUUUAAUGAAUUUUGUAAUAUUGUAAAUAAAAAUAGCGUGCAUCGUCCGUAUGCGCGUAAACAAUUAAAUGUUUUAAGUGUAUGUUAUUAUUUUAUGCGGAAGAUUUGUUUGUGACUUGUUUGAUGCCAAACAACCUUACGUUUUUCGUGGAUUUACUCUUAUACUUAAUUAUUCUGGUUUUGAAAAUAGCUCUCAUAAGUGAUGUUUAAAUGUUCAAAUGGUCGAAUGUUUAUUGUGACAACCGAUCUCAAUAGCAGCUUUUUUGUAGCUAAAAAUGACUCGGGCGGUACCUGCCAAAUAGUUCUGAGUUCACGCAAAGGCCACAAAGUAGAUGUCCAAUCAUAGAAGUGUAGCACUAGGCAUGACCCCUGACCUCUGACCUUGCCAUCUCAAGUGAGCUUUCAUGCAGUGUUUUUAUUGAUUGAUUGAUUGAUGUUUGGGGCAGUACCGAACCCAGUCAAAACAAAACAAAACGAAAAAAACAAAACAAAUCAACCAAACAAACAAAAUGUAAAAUAGCACACUAAACAGUAAAUUGUAAACUAUUACAGAGACUGAGUUUUCAGUAAAAGAAAAGUAUUAAUUUUCUACAUAACGGUAUUAAUGAAAAAUGAAAACUUUCAAGUGUUCUGUGUAUCUGAACAUAGUAGUGUGUAUUCAGUAUUCUAACAUAGUAGAAACACAAAUAUUUAGCAAA